AUGACGCCCCGCGUGGUGAUCCCCCUCGACAAGAACUGGGAGUUUCGGCAGGCCGACAAGGACGACUCCAAGUUUCUGCCCGUCAGCCAGUUCCCAACUAAUGUCCACCUAGACCUGCAACACCACGGCCUAAUCCCGGACGCCUACAUCGGCAAGAAUGAACUCGCCGUGCAGUGGGUGGGCGAGGCCCAAUGGACUUACCGGACCACCUUCGCAGCCCAGGCGGUCCCCGAGGGUGCCCAGGCGGUCAUUGCGUUCGACGGCCUUGACACAUUCGCGACGGUAGUACUCAAUGGCACUACCAUUCUCGAAGUUGAUAACAUGUUCCUUCCCGAACGGGUCAAUGUGACCUCAGUGUUGAAGGAGCAGAACGAGCUGGUCAUCACCUUCGACAGCGCCUACCUACGGGGGUGCAAGCGAGUCGAGGAGCACCCGAACCACAAGUGGGGCUGCUGGAACGGGGAUGUCUCGCGCUGCCGUACGGAAGGCACAGGCUGGGACUGGGGCCCGACUCUCCUGACAUGUGGCCCGUGGCGCCCCGUGAACCUCGAAAUCUACGAGUCGCGCCUAGCUGACCUCUACACGGACACGGUGGUCGACAAGUCGCUCAGCCGGGCCACCGUUAAGUUGACAGCGGCAGUUGAGGGGAAGGCCGAGAAGGUCCGGUUUGACAUCUCACUAGACGGCGAGCAGGUCGCGACCGAGACUGCCGAUGUCAGCUCUGCCGACACGGUCACUGUGUCGUUCCUCAUCGACAGCCCCGCCCUGUGGUACCCCAUCCGCUAUGGUAAGCAGCCGCUGUACGACAUCAAGGCGACGUUGCUAGCCAGCAAUGAGGAGGUCGACACCCUGUCCAAACGCAUCGGUCUCCGCCGGGCCGAGUUGAUUCAACGCCCCCUUCAGGAACAACCGGGGACGAGCUUCUUUUUCGAAGUCAACAACAUCCCCAUUUACUGCGGCGGUAGCGAUUGGAUCCCCGCCGACAACUUCAUCCCGCGCAUUAGUCGCCAGCGGUAUUUUGACUGGAUCAAGUUGGUUGCUGAGGGCAACCAGUUCAUGAUCCGCAUCUGGGGUGGCGGUAUCUACGAGGAGCAGGCCUUCUACGACGCCUGCGAUGAGCUCGGCAUCCUCGUGUGGCAGGACUUCAUGUUCGGCUGCGGAAACUACCCCGCGUGGCCGGCCCUGCUCGAGUCCAUCGACCGUGAGGCGCGCGAAAACGUCAAGCUGCUGCGUCACCACCCUUCCAUCGUCAUCUGGGCGGGCAACAACGAGGAUUACCAAUACCAGGAGUCUGAAGGCCUGACGUACGACUACGAGAACAAGGACGCUGAGAGCUGGCUCAAGACCGACUUCCCCGCUCGCUACAUCUACGAAAAGAUACUGGCCAAGGCGUGCGCGGACCUGAUCCCCAACACCUUCUACCACCCUGGCUCCCCCUGGGGCGCGGGACUCAACACGCGCGACGCCACGGUCGGUGACAUCCACCAAUGGAACGUGUGGCACGGCACGCAGGAGAAAUGGCAGAACUUUGACAAGCUCGUCGGCCGGUUCGUGUCCGAGUUCGGCAUGGAGGCCUUCCCCUCGGUCAAGACAAUUGACUCGUACCUGCCCCUGGGCAAGGAUGACCCGGACCGCUACCCGCAGUCAUCGACUGUCGAUUUCCACAACAAGGCCGAGGGCCACGAGCGCCGCAUCGCCCUCUACCUCGUUGAGAACCUGCGCUACGCACCCGACCCCCUCGAACAGUUCGUCUACAGCACUCAGCUAAUGCAAGCCGAGUGUCUCGCCUCAGCCUACCGCCUCUGGAAGCGGGAGUGGCGCGGCCCGGGCCCGGGAGUACUGCGGCGGCGCGCUCGUCUGGCAAACCAACGACUGUUGGCCCGUCACGAGCUGGAGCAUCGCGGACUACUACCUGCGUCCCAAACUGGCAUGUGGGGGAGCAACUUGACGCUCGAAGACCUGACGGUGGACUGUGUCUUGAAGGCAUGGGAUGUGGUGAGCGGCGAGGAGACCUUCUCCGAGACGGUGGCGCCGGCAAAGCUGCUCCCGGAGAACAGGUCGACCGAGAUUACCGCACUGGAUGUGCCAGUCCGGGAAAAGGAUGUAGAUGAAGAGGCCCGCAUCGUGGUGGCGGCGUACCUGGUCAAGGACGGCAAGCAGAUUGCGCGCUACGUCAACUGGCCCGAGCCGCUCAAGUAUGUGCACCUGCAGAAGCCCAAGGCUCUCAAGACACAGCUUACUGCGGAUUUCUCGGCCGUCGAGAUCAGCGCCGACGUGCCGGUCAAGGGUGUGGCACUGGAGUGUGAGGAUGACGAGGUCAAGUUCGAUGACAACCUGGUGGAUGUCGUGCCGGGUGAGGUAGUUAGCAUCGGGGUCAGGGGCGCGAGCAAGGACACCAAGAUCGAGACGAGGUAUAUGGGCAUGCUGUAG